AAUCAUUAUUUUCUUCAUCAAUCUUUCCUGACCUAUUUCCAAUACGACCCAAUCAGCCUAUACGGUACAGUGUCUACCCUCCACUCUCGUCUUCGACUUCUGAGUUCUGAUUCCACAACCCAACGUGAGCCUGCACUUCAAGCUCUGGGGUUUUUUUUUUCAAAGCUUUGAAUCAAUAAACAGAACGUUGCUUUUCUCCAGAAGCAAAGAGAGGCAUCCUCAUUCGAAAUAGAGAUGGAACUAGAUAAACUCAGCAGCUUACCAGGCCAUGUUAUCGACCAAAUUUUGUCACAGUUGCCAAUUAAGGAUGCUGUGAGGACAAGUGUUUUGUCAAGGAAGUGGAGGUACAGAUGGGCCAAAAUUCCACAUCUGGUGUUUGAUAAUCAGUGUGUCCCAGUUCCUUCCCAAGAUCAAACUUCUGGCAAGAAUAAGCUUAUUCAUAUUAUUGACCAUGUUCUUUUACUUCACAAUGGCCCCAUACAAAAAUUCAAACUAUCUCACAGGGACCUUAUUGGCAUCAGUGAUGUUGAUCGAUGGAUUCUUUAUCUAUCAAGAAGUACAAUCAAAGAAUUUGUACUAGAAAUAUGGAAAGGGCAGCGCUACAAGUUGCCUUCUUGCUUAUUCUCCUUUGAAAAUUUGAUCCAUUUGGAACUAUUCAAUUGUUUGCUUAAACCUCCAUCAACAUUCAAAGGCUUCAGGAGUCUGAAGAGCCUCGACCUUCAGCAUGUUACCUUGGCUCAGGAUGCAUUUGAAAAUCUUAUUUCUAGCUGUCCUUUGCUGGAGAAAUUGACAUUGAUGAACUUCGAUGGUUUCACCCAUCUGAAGAUUGAUUCUCCAAAUCUCCAGUUCUUUGACAUUGGAGGUGUUUUUGAAUACAUUAGUUUUGAGAAUACCUUUCAAUUAACUUUAGUUUCUGUUGGCUUGUAUGCGAAUAGAAGUGACGGAGAUAUGUUUUUGGAGGCUAUUAAGUGGCAUAGGUUCUUCACUAACCUGCCCCAUGUCAGAAGGCUUGAGAUCCAGUGUCACUUUUUAAAGUAUUUGGCUACUGGUGGUGCACCAAGAAUGUUGCCUAAACCUUGUAGUGAUCUAAAUUAUCUUUCUAUGCGUAUCAAUUUCAAUGACUGGGAGGAGAAUUCAGCUGCUCUUUGCAUCUUAAGUAGCUCUCCUAAUCUACUAGAACUAGAGUUGUUGGCUCGCGCAGAGGAACACAAUGCCGUGGAAAAAGUUACUUACAGCUGGGUUGAGGAUCAUUAUAAGUGUCAUUUGGAGCACCUGCGACUCGUGAAGAUAGCGGGCAUCUCCGGGAUCAGAUCUGAGCUGGAUUUCAUUAGGUUUCUGCUUCUUUACUCUCCCCUGCUUGAGAGGAUGACUAUUAAGCCUGCUUCCUUGGAUGGAGGUUGGGACUUGAUGAAAGAAUUGCUACGCUUUCGACGAGCCUCAGUGCAAGCCGAAAUUGUGUAUCUGGACCCAUAACUAAUGUCUCUGAGUUUUGCUGUCUAUGAUGACUUAAGCAUGUAAAUAGUAUGUGAGCCCUUAUAAGUCUGUUAUAUACAUGUGUUCUUGAUGAUUUACUGUAUUGAAAACAUCUUUUAUGUUUUUGUUACAAUCUAAACUUAGUACAUUCUAAAAUUUA